AUGCAACCUCAGGACAUCCGCCUUCGGCUGGUGAUCCGCCGCCACGGUCUCCCAGAGGUCAAGCUCUUGUGGCCAUGUUCCUGCUCCGAGGACCUCACCGUCGCGAGAGUUCUGGAGCAGGUCAACGAGGUCGUGCCUCUCGAGAGCGGCGAAUGGGGCCUUGAGGACUAUGCCGUGGAGCUUGCCGAUGAAAAGGGCGAGACCUUUGAGUGUCUGCACUUUCAGCAAGUUGGUCGCAUUCUGAAGGACGAAGACCAAGUCCUCAUUCGAUCGCUCCUCACCGAAGACUUGAAAAGGCGGCGGCUCAGCGGACGGCAUCAAAUCUCUGACGAUGGACGGCAUUUGGUUGAUGGCCUCCCUUUCGGCAGGGCUUGGCGGCGACCUCCCCAUGACCGUCCUCACAUCGAAUUACCCCCACGGAAACGUAUUCGAGUCUCUUCUGGGGCUGAGGAUGACGAGGAAGAAGAACAGUCUCCGCUAGACGCACGCCAGUUCCGAUAUAUGGUCCCCAAAAUUCCGCGCGUCAUCGACCUGAACCAGGACCAGUAUUACGACGACGAGGAUGAUGAGGAUGAAGACGAUGACGAGGAUUUAGACGACUAUGAAGAAUAUGACAAUGACUCGAGUUCAGUGUCCAACAGCCCUCCUUACGGAAUACGCCGUGUCGAAGAUAUAUUAGAAGAAAUGGAUGAGGAUACCGACGAAGAGGAAGACGAUGAGGAUCUGGAAAGGGAACUGCAAUUGCUAAGGGAAGAAGCUGGCGCCGAUAUCAACAGCCUUCAAGCAGACAACUCCAAGUCUUCUCAAUACGAAGAGGGAGAUGAUGAAACAGACUACCAGCAUGACCCAAGAGACCUAGAUCUGGGUCGAUGCUUAGAUCCAUUGGGGAAAGUUCCAAGUCCAUUCGGCAGGGCAACUUCAUCUUCAGCUGCCUCAGCUGCGAAAGAUUACACCAACGUACCUGUGGAAAUCCUCAUAACGGUAUUUCAGACGGCAUUCCCCGAGUUGAACGCAGAUAUCAGGGACAUUCUCAACCGAACGAGCAAGGAUUUGAGAAAAGCGUACCUAUCGCUUAGUAUGCUUUGCGAGCCUCUUUGCACUUUUGAUCAAAUGAUGGACGACUCUUAUUUUCAUCUCGCUCCAUUCGCUCGUCGCGAUGGGAGUGGUAGCGCCGCCAAGCCGGUUGAGCAGGGCAAGUUGCCCCCCUUUGACACUCUCAAGGGGGUAACUAAAAAGCCGAUGAUUGAAGAGGUCGAUGAUUCGGAAGAUUCUACAACAAAUGGUGUUCCAAUCCCCGCCCCAAAAUCGAGGCAGAGCUGGUUUAUGAAGGGCGACAAGUCUCCAGACUCGGAGUUUGACGAUGCAAAAGCGAUAGAGGAUUCCACGAGCGAGUCCGAAAGUGAUUCGAAGAGUGCUUCGGAGAGUGACUCGUCAAGCGACCCCAGCGAUGCUUCUCUAGACAGUGAAUCGUCAGGCGGAGAAGAAGACGGCCAGGUUAGCAAUCAUCCUGGGAUAACCGUUGUCAAUGAUGAGUCAAGCGAUGUCUCGUCAGACGAAAGCUCCGAUGACGACAGUGACAGCAGUAGCAUCGAUGCUGGGCAGAAUGCUCACACUAGCCCCAAGGAUCAGGUCGAAAGCUCGUCCGAUGUGAGCAGCAGCGAGUCUAGUGAAUCGGAUGCAUCCGAGUCUGAGUCUGAGUCUGAGUCCGAGUCGGAAUCUGAAUCUGAAUCAGAAGUGGAAGAAAUUUCGUCAAAACAACCGGUGCUGGUACCAGCUCAACAACGUUAUGCCACGAUUGCACUUCAACCUCAAGUGAAGACACCUGCCAAAGCGGAAGUCACCGGCCUUACCCGAACGCAAAAGCGAAAUGCUAGAAGGAGACGCCUCAAGGCUCUGAAAGAACUGGAUCCCGAGUCACCCAAGUUGGCAGACAGCACUGGAGAGGACGCCAUGGGCGAAGAUUUCUUAGCACGAAAGAAAGCUCUACUGGCCGCCAUUCUCGAUGAUUCUCACGCGGGUGACGAUGCACACAACGAAGCUAAGAUGGGAGAUGCUCCUUCUUUGGAUGCGGCGCCAGAAGAAGACUCGCGAGAGACUAAGACGAAUGCCCCGAAUGUAGUGGGGACAGAGGUGCCGGAUCCCAAAGAUGAGCCAGCAAAGCGCCACGCUCGUGUUGAUAUGGGUGCAGGCCGGCGACUGGUGUUUGGUGCUCUGGGUUUAAAGGCCCCAGCGAACAAAGCGGACGAGCAAAAAAUUCGCGACAGUCUGAUGAAAGAUGUUCGACCCCUUGUCAACCCACGAGUACAGAACGCCGGUGCAGACGAUGCCAACGACCAGCCGCAGGACGAUAACGAUAAAGAGGAUCCGGAUGCGUGGAGGGAAAAGAUCAUCUACAAGGCCGUGGAAUGCUGCCAUGAGAACAUGACACUCAGUGAGCCUCCGUUUCCCUUUGUCCAGCGCUGGGACCCUCAGCAGAAUUAUGGUGCCAUGAAGAAACGGAAGCGCGCAUCGGAAAACUACCAAGCCGAUACAUCCUACGAUGACUCGACAUAUUACUACGACGAUGAGGCUGAGGAAGAGUACGUGGCAGAGACCAGGAAAAAGAGCAAAAAGAAGAAAGGAAAGUCUGUGGGCUUGCAACAUGGCAGCGUAAACCAGGACGAGCAAGACGUGGUACUCGACUAUGACGAAGCACCCGCCAAGAGCAGCCAGUUCACAGAUGUGGACGACCUUCCCUCUUUGCCCAAGGAUAUCAAGGCGCUGCCUCUUCUGGAGCCCGCGUCCGCUCAGCCUGGCAUGGUCAUUACAUGGAAUCAACUGGUCAUGUCAAAAGCUACGAAUUGGCAACCAGAGAUGUUGCCCGUUACUGGUCUGAUAGUCCCUGGAGGCGAAGACGGUGCCGUCCACGUCAUUUUGGCAAGGCGAGACCGCGAAGAUAAUGAAAAGACCUACGACGAGAUCACUGGAGAGCGAGUAUACGGCAAAUUUGAGGUUCCCGACGAUCUAGAAGAGGGUGAUGAAGAAGAGGACACAGGGUUCAGGUCGCUACAGUGGGCAGAGAUGAUUGAGCCUCGCAUUCUGCAACAAACACCAGCCGAUGAAGUGGCUCAAACCUCCGCAGAUGCUGUAGCAGCGACUGUGGAGGAAGAGAUGCCGCCGGCCCAUGACAAGGUAAGCGAAUUCCAGUCGGGACAAGAUUCCUUGGAGAGCGGAUUCAGCACGGGACAGGUGCGAGCUGCUAUUGAAGAUGAUUUGAUGCACGAUUCUCUUGGCACACAAGCCAACCUAGAGACGGCUUCAAUACAGUCUGGUCAACGACUGCCGAGGCUGGACCUUUCCAUGUCUGAAGUGCAAAUAUCCACUGCCAGCAACAGCUUCGAGCACAUUGGCCACCACCACUCCAAAGUAGUAGACGCCCAAUCGGAGCACGUGCUGACCGCUGCCGCCAAUCCCCAAAAUGCAUACUCUCCAAAGCUGAAUCGUUGGGUAGAGCGUGGAGACGAGACAGCUGCUGACCAAGAGGCAGAACUAGGACCUAGCCUAGCGGAUGCCGUAGCAGAAGACCUCUCGAAUUCUGGCACGCUUGCAUCGAAGAAGACAGAGUCGUCUGAAGAUAAUGGAGGAGGAGAGGAGGAGAGAGAUGAAGAAGGACAAAACUUGACGGAUGGUGGCAACGGUGCAUCGAUAACGAGCGACUCAAACUUGGUCAUUACCUCAUCGCAGUUCAGCGUCCCGAGUGGGCGACAGCCACGAACGAGCUAUUCUCUUGCAGAGGGCGCGCACGACACGAUUAUUCCCGAAACAUUACCACAACUACGCGAAACCACACCGAUAGAGAGUCACUCAAAGUCUCAGAGCACACCAUCUAGCCCCGCUAGCAGCAGCCCGUUUCCAUCACUGGAGCAGAUAUUCAUGUCAGCUCAGCCCACACAAAGUUCCGGGAGAAAGAGAGAGACGCCUUCGUUUUCAGCAAGUCAAUCUGUGCCUGCACGGGAUGCAGAAUACGAAGAAGCGAUGCGUAAACUCGACGAGGGACAUGAAUCGGAUGUCUUACCCGCAAAGGAAGAGCCAGAGGAAGAGGCAGUAGUGGAGAGAAAACUAUUUCCUAACGCGACGCAACCACCGUUAUCCGCAUACGACUUGGAUCCAGACCUUUCUAGACCGCUGAUUUCUCUUUCUCAAUCUGAAAAGGCCAAGGAGAGCAAGUCACAAUUUGCUAUUCCGGCUGAAAGUCAGAUUAUUGUCUUGAGCUCCAGCCCAGCGUCAAGCAACGGCGUGCCUGAUGAGGCCAAUGAAUCAGACAGUGAGAAGGGGGACCCGGUGCGGAAGAGAGGUUUGCUGCCUACGGGCCCUGGAUGGGUGAGGAAGGGUCCCCGGCACGAGAGAGAUGUGUCGGGUAAUACUACGACAAAACCCGCGGUGACAGCUCCAUCUAGAGUCAGUCGGCGAAGGAGAUUAAAUACUGAGGCUCUUGCGAUGGCACCACUUGUGAGCCCCGUUAGCAAGCAUAAAGGGGGGAGAAGGAGAUAG